GUCCGUGGUCGGAUGGCGUCCGACUCGCCCUGGGUCAACAGACUAGACACCUCGUAUUCUAGUGGCCGGCGUCAGCCAUUUCACAGUCCGCACCCCUUUUACGCACUUGUCAUGAUUGACAUUCAAGCCCCGUGCUCAAUUGGAAGAGGAGUCGAUGAUUCCGAUCUUUUGCCCGACCAAACGUUGUUCUUGGCUACGCCUCCCUCCGUCAAUCUCAAUGAAACCGUUAGGGGGUUAAAUUUAUGUAAGAGAUGGCGACGCUGUACUGAACCUGCGCAGACGCCAUGCUCUCAAAAUGCAAGCGAUGGCGAAAAAUGCCGUCAUCUCCAGAAGCUCCCCAGCAGGGCAGCAUAUCUACCUACCAUCUCUACCCAGAAAAUGAGCACAGCAUCCUGAUCUCACCACACCAACUUCCCAUCAAACCGAGGAAACGACGCAAGUUCUUCAAGGAAAACCCCGAAGUUGCAACAGAUCCAAAUGGCUUCUUCGUCCACAAACCCUACAUCUCGUUCCACCGGCCGCCGCGAACCCUGCGGCAAGGCAGUAGCAAGCAGGGAACCCCAAUCUGUCUCAUCCACAACUCCGUCUUCUGGAAACUAUGGAACCUCCAAUUCGGGGAGGAUAUGGUCGCAGCGAUUGACCCAAGAGGCGCAGUGAGCUGGAACCGACGAAGCAACCCCGACAACCGCGUUGACAACGGCGACGAUCUCGCGUUGAAGGGCUACAAGGUGCGCACGUGGCGACUCUGGCGCGAAACGGGAAAGCAGUACCAUCGCGACGUGAACGCGAAGCGGAAGCAGAAGAAAAAGGAAACGAAGGCCAAGGCCAACAAAGAAGAUGCGCAGCAGGCAGUUGGUCAUUCCGACAGUGAUCCCGAUCCAGAUGAGGGUCAUCUACCGGCGCGCGCCGACGAAGCGCUGGCGCUAUGUUGGAUCGCACCACUAUCGACGCGCACUCGGUGUUACCAGUGGAAGAACGCCGGGGUUGAUCUCGCCUGGAAGGGCACGAGGGAUCUCCCCGAGGAACUCAAGUGGUCGAAGCGCUACUUGCCAUGGCAUCACCUUAAACUGACCGCUCGAGUCCCAUCUUCUUCUGAUCAUAGCCAAGGAGAAGCGGUGCUUGCUCACUAUUUCAGCGGCGUCGAGAAGAAAAAGUACGGUAUUUUGGUCAUCUACAAGGCAGAGGUAUCCAGGGUUUUCGGACACACGCCAAAUGCAUAUGUAGGAGACACUUAUGAUUAUGACAGCUCCCUCAGCAAAGCCCAUGAAGCCAUUGUGGCAACUGCAGUUUGCAUGGUUGUCGGGGAGCAGCAGAAAAGGAAUGUUGUAUAUGCGAUCUUCAAAGCAAUCAGAAAGGCAGCCGAGGACGGGGGAGGUUAGAGUUAGUAG